CCAACAGUCUCGGUCAAUUAGUGGAGUUUAGACAGCGAGGAGAGCUCGCAGUCGGUCUGUGCGCGCUCCCCCAAUGACCAGCUGAAAAACGCCCCACUGCUCCGAUCACAUCUGCGGGGGUGGGGAGUCAAAAAAAAGUUUGGAUUCGGGACUUCGGGAAACAAUGGGAUUCGAGCUGGACCGAUUCAGGGGCACCGUGGACCCGGAUUUCAAAUGUAACCUGUGCAAUAAGGUCCUGGAGGACCCGCUGACGACUCCGUGCGGCCACGUCUUCUGCUCCGGCUGCGUGCUGCCCUGGGUCGUCCAGCAGAGCAGCUGCCCCGUCAAAUGCCAGCGGGUCUCCGCCAAAGAGCUGAACCACGUCCUGCCCCUGAAGAACCUCAUCCUGAAGCUGGACAUCAAAUGUGACAACCACGCGCGGGGCUGCGACGCCGUGGUGAAGCUGCAGCAUCUGGCCGAGCACGCCGAGGCGUGCGAGUACGCGCCGGUCAAAUGCAGGAAUGCCGGAUGCGACGAGACCCUCAGCCUCGGGGACGUGGACGCGCACAUGCGGGAGACGUGCGACUGCCGACCCGCGGGGGCGUGCGAGCGCGGCUGCGGCUUGACGCUCACCCACCGGGAGCAGCGCUCCGGCAGCCACUGCUGCGUGCGCGCCCUGAAGGCGCACAACGGCGCGCUGCACUGCAGACUCAUCGGCCUGGAUCGAGAGUUCAAGAAGCAGACCAUCAAAGCCAACAAGAGGGAGAGGUCGCUGCUGGCGCAGCUUUCCGCCGUGCACAGCGAGCUGCAGGUGACAGCUCUGAAAUACCAGAAGAAGUUCACCGAGUACAGCGAGAGGAUCGACUGCCUCACGCAGACGGUGGCUUUUUCCUGCAAGGAAGGCGAGACUAAAAGCGUGACGGUUGUCCUUCUCCGUGAGGGCGGAUCUCUGGGGUUUAACAUCGUAGGAGGAAGGCCAUGCGCGGACGACGGUGACAGCGUUUCGAACGAGGGGAUCUUUGUAUCCAAGGUCAUCGAUGACGGUCCGGCGGACAAGGAAGACGGUCUUCAGAUCCACGACCGAAUAAUAGAGGUCAAUGGCAAGGACCUCUCCAAGGCCACCCACGACCAGGCUGUGGAGGCCUUCCGCACCGCCAAGGAGCCCAUCGUGGUGCAGGUUCUGCGGCGAGCCCCGCACCUCAAAGCGCUCGGCCCGGCUGGUGACGCCCAGGUCUCGGACACUAGCACCCAGACCGACAUCACGCUCCAGCACAUCAUGGCCCUCACAAAACUCUCCCCCUCUUCACCGCCCAUGACGGAGCUGGAGGAGUAUCUGCUCCCAGAGGAGCAUCCGCCACAUGCAUACUUUGACUCCAAUGACUUCCUGGAGGUCAUGCAGCAGGACAUAGAGCGCGAGGAGCUGGAAUAUGAGGAAGUGGAUCUAUACCGGGCCAACAUCCAAGAGAAGCUCGGCCUGACCAUCUGCUACAGGACUGAUGACGAGGAUGAGGCUGGGAUCUACAUCAGUGAGAUUGACCCAAACAGCAUCGCUGCAAAGGAUGGCCGAAUCAGAGAGGGGGACAAAAUCAUUCAGAUCAAUGGUGUUGAGAUCCAGAACCGGGAGGAUGCUGUAGCGCUGCUGACCAGUGAGGGGAACCAGAAUAUCUCUCUGCUGGUGGCCAGACCGGAGAUCCAGCUGGACGAGGGCUGGAUGGAUGAUGACAGGAACGUCUUCCUGGAUGACCUCCACAUGGACAUGCUGGAGCAGCAGCAUCAUCAGGCCAUGCAGUUCACCGCCAGCAUGCUGCAGCAGAAGAAGCACGAGGAGGACGGGGGCACCACGGACACGGCCACGCUGCUGUCCAACCACCACGAGAAGGACAGCGGCGUCGGCCGCACGGACGAGAGCACGCGGAACGACGAGAGCUCGGAGCAGGAGAACCUCGGCGACGAUCACACCACCGCCUCCAACACGCUGGGCAGCUGCAGGAAGCUCGCCUACAGCCAGGACACCCUGGGCAGCGGCGACCUGCCCCUCUGCGGCGACUACGCCGACGCCGACUUCCUGGGCAUCCCGGCUGACGAGUGCGAGCGCUUCCGGGAGCUGCUGGAGCUCAAGUGCCAGAUGAGGAGCAGCGGGGCCCAGGGCCUUUACCACCAGGGCGGCGCCGGGGCGGGAGGUCAGGACCAAGAGGGCGUCGACAAAGAGCUGGAGAUGCUCAACGAGGAGCUGCGCACCAUCGAGCUGGAGUGCUUGAACAUCGUGCGCGCCCACAAGAUGCAGCAGCUGAGGGAGCAGUGCCGCGAGUCCUGGAUGCUCCACGACAGCGGCUUCCGCAACUACAACACCAGCAUCGACGCGCGGCGCCACGAGCUCUCGGACAUCACCGAGCUGCCCGAGAAAUCGGACAAGGACAGCUCCAGCGCGUACAACACCGGCGAGAGCUGCCGCAGCACGCCGCUCACCUUGGAGCUGUCCCCGGACAACUCGCUGCGCCGGGGAGCCGAGGAGCCGCGUCCGGCCGGAGCUUCGGGCUCCGCGGGCGGGGCCCUCAAGCCCCUCCUGCCCCCCGUCCAAGAGGCCGGCGUCCCCGGCCGCAGCAGGUGCUGCGCCAAGGACCCGGACGGAGCGGCGCCGGCCGAGAGCCAGGAGCGCAAGCCGGACGAGUCCGUCAAGUCGGGGCGCGGCUUCGCCCAGCCGCGCUCGCCGUACAAGCACGCCCACAUCCCCGCCCACGCGCAGCACUACCAGAGCUACAUGCAGCUCAUCCAGCAGAAGUCGGCCGUGGAGUACGCCCAGAGCCAGAUGAGCCUGGUCAGCAUGUGCCGGGACCCCGGCGGCCCGGAGCCCAAGAUGGAGUGGAAGGUGAAGAUCCGCAGCGACGGCACGCGCUACAUCACCAAGCGGCCCGUGCGGGACAAGCUGCUGAGGGAGCGCGCCCUGCGCAUCCACGCCGAGCGCAGCGGCGGCAUGACGACGGACGACGACGCCAUCAGCGAGCUGAAGAUGGGCCGCUACUGGAGCAAGGAGGAGAGGAAGCAGCACGCGGUGCGCUCCAAGGAGCAGAGGCAGCGCCGCGAGUUCAUGAAGCAGAGCCGGGCCGACUGCCUGAAGGAGCAGUCGGGCCCGGAGGACAGGAAGGAGCCCAGCAUCAUCGAACUCAGCCACAAGAAGAUGAUGAAGAAGAGGAGUAAGAAAAUAUUUGACAACUGGAUGACCAUCCAGGAACUGCUGACCCACGGCACCAAGUCACCAGACGGCACCAGGGUUUACAACGCCAUCCUGUCUGUGACCACGGUGUAAGUCCUGGUCUUCAGGUCAGCCAUAAGAGGACGGACCGGAGUGCAAUGGAGUGUACAUAGGACACUAACAGGGGGGGUGGGGGGGGG